AUGGAGAACACUUUGAGCAGGUGGUUCAAAGCAGCUAGACCGAUUGUUCCCGCCAUGACUGCACUCCUUUCAUCGUCAUGCUGUAUUAUUCAACUUGCCCUCAAUUUCUUCUCAUUCUCUUGUGCCGGCUUUGCUGUCCUGACACCCUUCCGGCCUAUACUGACGGCGAUCACCAUUAUUCUCCUCACAUAUUCCUUCUACGCACGUGGGUGGAAGGAUAAGAAGAUGGCCGGAACCACUCUAGUCUCUAUAGUAUUGUUGGUGAGCCCAGAGAUUGUUGAAUGGAUCAAUCAGAACCAAACUCAGUCCCAGUUCUUGGCCGUCACGACAACCUACUUGGUGCAACUUCAAGGCUUAGGAUGUAUUGCCUGUGCCAACCGUAUCAAGAGCGCGCUUUUAGCUGUGGAUGUCAUUGAGUCUGCAACAGUGUUUUUUGAUAAUAGUUCUGCUGUAGUACGUGCCUCACAGGCUAAUGUAGCUCAUAUAGUCUUGGACACCAUAAAGGGCAUAGAUCUGAAAUACGAUGCAAAUAUUCUCGAAUCAUGGUGA